GUGGUUUGGUCGCCGCAAUCGCAUCCAUGCAUUUGACACUCGUCCCAUGACCGGUCUCGCAGGGAAAAGCGCAAGCGGGGCGAGCCCCAGACUCCCGAUAAGCACAUGAACUGCAGCAAGCGAUGCUGGGACGGCAUGAUCCGCUCGUGGAGGCGGAAGCUGCACGAGUACGAUCCGCCGUCCCAUGCCUCGCCCGGCGAGCCCAGCGACCUCGCCGAUGUCUCCUGCUCAAUCGCCUCACCUGCCAGCGACGGCGUCGGUCCUCUGCUCGUCUCUAGUGGCUUGGGCGACGCCGACUGUUCUCCUGACUCCAAGACCCAGACGCCAAACUCGGUCAAAAGCGUCCUCGACGGCAGUAGCUGUGACUACUCUCCAAGGGCCAUACGAAAGACCAGACCGCGAUCGCGGAGCGACGAGAUGCAUCUUCGAUCCUCGCAACUGGCUGACGAUUCGCUCGCCGGCGUUGCUGCCCUGAACCUCGAGGAGCUCUGCAACGACUCGGACCUGUGGCUCCCUCCCUCGCCAACCCCCAAGCCCCGCGGUCACUGUUGCUGUGCCGAUCAUCCAUCGGGCGACCUCUCCCCAACACCUCGACCCACCCCCGUCAACGCCGCGCGCUGUCGCUCUCCCUUCAUGGGGUCGGAUCUUGCUUCGUGUCCGCCCCUUGCCCUUCCCUCGCCCGAUUCCCAUCGGGCCAGUCCAUCAGCUACGUUUAUGACGCGUGCCGACAACGACGCCGACACCAUCGCUCUCGCCCAUGCGGAGACUUUACAUCUCGCCGCCAGUGCCGAUGCCGCCGACGCCUCGGGUGACGCUGUCGAUUUUCGUUCGUACGUGGACCAGUACGUGCAAUCCUUCUCGCCCUCCAAGCUCUUGAAAAAACGUUCGUCUUCUAUGGAUAUCGAGGAUGGGCCCGAGAUGGCCCAGAGUCCUCGCGCAUCACUGCCCGAGCCACCGUCGGAAACCCGUGCUCACGACGCAAGUGAGAUUCCCAACGAGCUAGUCGAUCGAACGAGGAACGUGUUCCUGACCAACGGCAUUGUGCAGGACCUCGAGUCCUUUGACUCGGUCGUCCAGCAGUUUGUCCGUGAUGCCGAUGACUCAGCCAGCGACUAUAUCCGGGACGGUCGUCAAGGACCAUCGCCCAAGUCCCACACCUCUGCCACCGUCGCCACCUCCGAUACCUGCAAAGUGGUGGCCGGCCCAUCUUCGACCGGCCCAAGCUUACAUUCGUUCUCGACAACGGCGCCGGGCUACACGCGGCACAACAGCAUGCCCUUGCCGGACGAUGUCUCUCCCUCGGCGACCGUGGCCUCGUCGGCAUACUUCAAAUCGCAGAAGACCGCUGUGCGCGAAGCAAGGUCGUUGACUGUGGAUCACAGCGCUAGCGACGAGGCUGUCGAAGGCGUUGAUGUUUUCUGGCGAUAGACAAGCCCUGCAUUGUCAACUAUCAAUCGGCGUGGUCUGAAGAAUGGCUUCGUCCCUUGUCCGUGGUCGACCAUAUCUUCGCCAUGCAAUCAUUUCAGUUGUGUCGAUAGCCUCGAUCCUCAAGACCCUCGAAGCAACACAGCCUCACACUACAUCCGAGGCGUGGCGGGCUGGGCAGACCCCGCUCUACUGUCUCUGUGGCUGUUGCCGAAACCCUUCUAUCUGGCAGCCUCGCUGGCGGUCACGACUUUAUUUGCAUUUGCAGUCGCCGGGCCUCCUCUAUCCCCGAGUCCGAUCCAGCAGCCAGAGGAUAUCGCCGCUGCAACCCGCAACUGC